AUGUCUGGUCCUGGUGAUACAAAUCACUUCUCUCCUUGGGACUAUGUUGUGUUUGCCCUGGUGUUGCUUAUCUCUGCUGCUAUUGGAGUCUAUUAUGCAUUUACUGGAAGGGGAAAGACAACAUCUAAAGAAUUCCUUACUGGAGGCCGUAGUAUGAGCGCUUUUCCAGUUGCUCUGUCCCUCACUGCCAGCUUCAUGUCUGCGGUGACUGUCCUGGGAACGCCUGCCGAAAUAUACCGAUUUGGAGCCAUUUUUAGCAUCUUUGGUUUAUCGUUCAUUUUUGUUGUUAUCAUUUGCGCAGAAAUCUUUCUCCCAUUUUUUUACAGACUUAAUAUUGCCAGCACUUAUGAGUAUUUAGAGCUUCGAUUCAACAAAUGUGUGCGAGUUAUUGGAACAUUCAUUUUUAUUAUACAAAUGGUGUUGUACACUGGUGUUGUGAUUUAUGCACCGUCACUUGCACUGAAUCAAGUGUCAGGAUUCAAUCUUUGGGGCGCUUUGGUUGCAACUGGACUAGUCUGCACUUUCUACUGCUCACUGGGUGGUCUAAAAGCUGUAGUCUGGACAGAUGUUUUCCAGAUUGUAAUUAUGCUUGCAGGAUUCAUUGCCAUAAUUAUACGAGGAGUUGUGGUUCAAGGUGGAAUCCAAACUAUCAUUAAUGAUUCCUACUAUGGUGGAAGAUUAAACUUCUGGGAUUUUGAUCCUCACCCUUUAAGACGACACACCUUUUGGACAAUUCUUAUUGGGGGAAUAUUUGUAUGGACUGGAAUCUAUGGUGUCAAUCAAGCUCAAGUCCAGAGAUACAUUUCCUGCAAGACAAGAUUGCAAGCCAAAUUGUCACUAUACAUAAAUCUUAUUGGAUUAUUGCUUAUCAUGGCUUGUGCUGUGAUAUGUGGACUCAUCCUAUAUUCAGUAUAUAAGGACUGUGAUCCAUGGACAUCAAAAAUCAUUGCAGCUCCAGAUCAGCUUAUGCCGUAUUUGGUGAUAAACAUUCUUCGAGACUAUCCAGGCGUUCCUGGGCUGUUUGUAGCCUGUGCAUUCAGUGGAACCUUAAGCACUGUUUCCUCAAGUAUCAAUGCAUUAGCUGCUGUAACAGUUGAGGAUCUCAUAAAACCUUUCACAAAUCUAACAGAAAAACAGUUAUUCUGGACUUCCAAAGGAAUGACAACAUUUUAUGGAUUACUUUGCAUAGUAAUGGCUGCAGUGGCAUCACUUAUGGGAAAUAUGGUUCAGGCAGCAUUAUCUAUCUUUGCCAUGGCUGGAGGACCUUUGCUUGGACUGUUUUCCCUUGGAAUGUUUUUUCCUUGUAGUAAUUCUCUGGGUGCAAUUGUGGGGAUGGUUAUUGGAUUUUCUGUAACGCUAUGGGCUGGAAUAGGAUCACAGAUAUACCCUCCAUUGCCAGAAAUGACAAGGCCUUUGCCACUUUCUAUUGCAAGGUGCGAAUUCAGCACCAUGGAUAGCAACUUGAGUUCCAACACAGAAAUUGCAGGGACUAUGUUUACAACCAUCAUGCAGCCUCCAUUCACUGAAAGACCUCUGCUUGCUGAAUAUUGGUAUUCUCUAUCUUAUUUAUACUUUAGCAUUCUGGGAACACUUACUACCUUGAUUGCUGGAAUUAUUGCUAGUCUGAUCUCAGGAGGAUUGAAGCAACAUAUAAAUAAAGACUACCUCUUUGGAAAACAGGAUCUUACAUGGGAUUAUUUUACUUGUUGUAAAUCUGAAAAAGAUGACAAGGAUGACCGUUUGGAGUGGAAGACGCAUCUGGACCAAGUCCAUGAUAAUCCAGCUUUUACACAAGAUAGCACAAAUCUCUAAGAAAUUAAAGGAAAACAAAGAGACUCAUAAA